AUGACAGGCUCGGAAUAUUCCAAUGCAAAGCUCGACCUAGAGGCUUUCCGUAUCGUUAGUCUCCCGCCGGACUUUUACUACAUUCCCAACUUCAUUAGUGUUGAAGAGGAAACGUCGAUUCUACAAAAGAUCCCAGCUCAGCGAUGGACGCAGCUGUCGCACCGUCGCCUCCAAGCGGUUCCGUCUACACUAACUAAAAACAACACGCUACUGGCCUCACCUUUACCCGUCUACCUGACAACGCCUAUUAUAGACCGCUUCAAGGAUCUGGGCAUCUUCGACCACACGCCACACCAGCAGCCAAACCAUGUACUGGUCAACGAGUACAAGCCUGGCCAAGGCAUCAUGCCUCACGAAGACGGUGACGCAUACGCACCCGUAGUCGCAACAGUCAGUCUCGGCGCCCCUCUCUGUCUAGACAUCCUACCCAAGCCCUCGGUCUCGACAGGCGACGACGACGAUGUAGACACCAGUAAACAUGCCCAGGAAAGUCAUGACGAAGCCAAGAACCCCCCCACUCCCACUCCGAACAUUACCGCUCUUCCGACACGCAUCUUCCAGGAACCGCGAUCCCUGCUUGUUACCAUGGGCUCUGCAUACCGGCAUGUCAUGCAUGGCAUUGCGGAGCGUGAAACAGACGAGGGGCUGGAUGGGGCGAGCGUGGCGAAUUGGGAUUUGCUGGGUGACAAGGUGGUGCUAGAGACCAUGGGAGGGACGAGUAGCAGGGGCGUGAGGGUUAGCUUGACGUACAGGGAUGUGCUCAAGGUUAGUGCGGCUGCGAGCAAGGUUCUUGGUGGUUUGGGGGGGAGCCGGCGGGGUGUGUGAAUAUGGGGCGAGUAAGUAAGAUCGCGAGGGACAUUGGGUUAGGGGGUUGGGUGUACGGAAAUCGUGGGGUUGACUAAUUCGGGCACGGAGAUGAGGCUGUAAUGGUAUUGUGCUGGUAGAAAAGGGGGUUGGCAACUCAAAAUUGAGUAUGAAUGUUGUGAUGUUUUGGUCUAGAUGUUAUCAGGCAUAUGGUAGAGAUAUAUAUCUAGUGCAUGGGGAAGUCGUGAUAUCAUUUUCGUCUAGGCGACAAACGUGUGUACAGCAGGA